AUGAGUGGAAAGUUUGGCCAUCAACCCGUUUUGUGGGUGAAAAAGACAACAACACCCCACACGACGACUCAAACAACUGCUGCUUCUGUUUCUGCUGCUGCUAAUUCAGAGAGUGGUGGUAGUGCACUUCCGAGCAGCCAUAGUAGUGGAUCAACAACUCCUGAAUUGAAGGAAGGAGCAUCAACAAAUGUAAAUUCCGAACCAAAUCGUAAUGUAUCAUCCGUUGUUGCAUCAUCAGUAACACCACCGACCUCUCCAUCAAUAGCAUCAGGUACUAAAAGUAAUAAGCCUUCUACUUCAUCAUCUGAGGUCUCAGGUACCUCUCAGCAACAAAAAAAGCAAGGAAAUAAGAAGGCACAUGCUUCAAAAGGCUCCUCUACUAACAACAAUACUUCAGCAGCCGCUUCAAUAUCUCAAACUCAUGUUAGCAAUAGUAAUGAACAACAUUACGGAAGUCUCGUGAAAAACAAAACCAAGGCGAUCAUUCGGAAUAUACCAUACAAUUUCACGGAGGAGGACUUUAUUGGUAAAUGCGUCCCUAGAUCUUUUCUAGUAGAGAAAACAAAUACUGUUAGCAGUGGUAGUGAUAAUUCAAGUAUUUCAUCUACGAAAAUUAUUUAUGAUCCAAAGAAAAUUAAUUGGAGUGAUUUCCAUUGUGGCUACAAAACCACCACACAAGUGUUUCCAAGUAUUGCCUAUUUGAACUUUGCAAAUGUUAAUUUAUUACAUCAAUUUAGAAAUGAGUUUAUGGAAUUAGCUAAAUCAACACAGCUUUCAACCCUACAAGCAUCAGUGACAUUGAGCAAAGAUGACGAGGACGAAGACGCUACACCUUUACUGCCAAACACUAGCAACCCUACAACGAAUUCGUCUAUUUGGAGGGAAACCACAAUGACCAUGGAAUAUUGUCCUCUUCAAAUGGUACCAAAACCAAAGAAGAAAGAUCCAAGAGACGGCACUAUAUUUAAGGAUGAGCACUAUUUAAAAUUCUUGGAACAAUUGAAGCAACCAAAAGAGCUUACUCUUCAACCACUCAGCCUGGAUAACAGCUCAACUACGAGUGGGCUCGGUCUUGAUGCAAGUGACAGCCAUUCUGAAGGAAGCUCUUCAAGCAAAAAAUCAUCUGCAAUUCCUUUGGCUCUUGGUGGUGUUGGGUCUUCAGCCUAUUAUGACAGAAAGAGUGAUGAGCCAAUUAUCACACCACUGUUAAAAGAGUUGCUAGAAAAAAAGAACAAAAAGCAAGCAGUGAAAACAGCAAAGCGAGGAGGAAAAACUUCUCAGUACAAGAGAAAAUAUUAG